AUGGGUGGCACAAGUGUCAGUGCCGCAAAAGAUUCAUCGGGAUCAAAAGCCAAUGGGGAUAGUCGACAGUUGGACUUUAUUCUACUGAAUGGACUUGCCGGAGGUAUCGCGGGUUGCGCUGCAAAAACUGUUGUGGCCCCACUAGAGAGGGUCAAGAUACUUUUCCAAACCUCUCAUUCUCAAUUUGUGCAUUAUUCGGGCCACUGGAAUGGGUUAAUUAAGGCUGCUAGAGACAUUCAAACAUCAUAUGGAAUAUCUGCGCUCUUCAAAGGUCACUCCGCAAGCUUAAUCCGCGUCUUUCCAUAUGCUAGCAUCAACUUCCUCGCGAACGAACAGUUCCGAUCGGCAGUUAUCACAUCCCCUGAGAAGGAAACACCGCUCCGUCGAUUUUUAUGCGGUAGUAUGGCCGGGGCGAUAUCCACGUUUAUCACAUAUCCUCUUGAGUUGAUCCGUACUCGUCUUGCCUUCGAAAUAGCACAAAGGAAUCCUUCGUCUUGGCUUGAUAUGCUUCGGAAAAUUUACUUUGAAGGUCAUCUUUAUCAAGGAAUUACCCCAACUAUGCUAGGCAUACUUCCGUAUGCCGGGACGUCAUUCCUAACCCACGACCAAGUUAGAGAUUUGCUUCGCUCACCUACAUUUGCACCCUACACGCUAGAAGCACCGUCUUCGACUCGACUGACUGCUUUCGCUCAGCUUUCCUGCGGUGCGGUCGCUGGGAUAGUUGCCCAAACAGUUUCAUACCCAAUCGAUAUUCUUCGACGGCGAGUCCAAGUCGCAAGUGUGGUUGGCACUCAGUCAGGAAUUUUGGAGACAAUCCAACGUAUCUACCUCGAGAGAGGAGUGAGAGGCUUUUACGUUGGACUAACCAUUGGAUAUGUGAAAAUGGCCCCGAUGGUGGCAACAAGUUUCUACGUCUACGAUCGGAUGAAGCGAUUUCUGGGCCUUAUUGAGUAG